AUUUCUUUUCGAUCGCAUUCGGUCGCUCAAGGAACCACAGGAGAACUGAGGCAUGUGUGAUGACUGACAGACGAAGAAUCAAUGGGCCGCCUGGCGGCACUCGGCCUCCAGUCUUCGCCUCUUCCAUCGAGCCCACUAAGGCAGAGCGGCCACAACGACAAAGGCAGCCGAAUGAGCUGCGAAAGAUCUUCCUUAAAACCGGUCUCAUCCCUUCUGCAUCUGGGUCCUCCUACCUCGAAUUCGAACCAUCAGCAUCUCUCUCCGCUGCGCGGACAUCACCUAAAUCCUUAAUACCACCUUCUUCAUCCCUAAAACUAGCAUGCACAGUCCAUGGACCUAAACCACUCCCUCGAUCUGCAACAUUCUCUCCGAAUAUAGUUCUCACCACUCACGUCAAAUACGCACCAUUCGCCGCCCGCAAGCGCAAAGGGCAUAUCCGCGACGCCAGCGAACGUGAUCUCGGCGUACACUUAGAAACCGCCCUCCGGGGUGUGAUUGUCGCAGAAAGGUGGCCAAAAAGUGGCCUCGAUAUCACCAUCACGAUCCUAGAAGCGGAGGAUGACCGGUGGUGGGCAGACGCACCCGACUCCCAUGAUGCGGCUUGGGGAAUGAUGAAUGUUCUCGCUGGAUGCAUUACGGCAGCUUCUGCGGCUAUUUCUGAUGCUCGUAUUGAUUGCCUUGAUCUUGUCUCUGGAGGUGUGGCUGCUGUUGUUGCCGAUGAAUAUGCCGAUGGGAGCACUUCUGCUCCAAAAUUGAUGCUUGACACGGAUCCGGCAGAGCAUCGAUCAAUAUUAUCGGCUUGUGUGGUUGCUUAUAUGCCUGGGCGGGAUGAAAUCACUGAGCUCUGGCUGAAGGGCGACAAUUCAAAGGCCGCGGUUGGGUCCGUAGACCAGGGCCUGAGUCACGAAACUUUGAUAGAUGGUGCUGUGGAUGCAGCGCGAGGAGCGCACUCGGUCCUCGCGGAAGCCGUUCGGGAAUCAGCCAUGCGUUUUGCUGGGUUAUCAAAUGGGGAUUCUACGUAACGCAAUACAACUGUCAUGCCUUUACGCAUUUAAGAAUAUUAUUGAUCUCAAUGAUUCCUAUACCUUACUUACAAGGCCGCUCUCAUGGGCACAUCUCCAGACUCCUUUUUCCUCGCACACUUAUUACCCACGCUGGCUGGAAUGAUGCGCCCAAUAUAGCAUUAAGAGCUACUACCGAAGUUAUAGACCUUCAUGAUAUGAUACAAAGCCAAUCUUCUCAAAUGGAGGAUGCACCUGAAUGCAGCAUUCAUAAUCUUUAAAUUUCAGUCAUACAAUCUAGUCAACGCUGAUGAGUCGACAGAACGCCGAGGGCGUGAAAGCUGUUAGAUGGUAAGAAAACUAUUUGGAUGCAGAAACUUUGGACAAUGCUUAGGCGCGUAAAAGAACUUCGCUUUAAAAGAGACAUGGGAAAUGAUACUUUAGCUAUUGGCUUUAAUCACAGGAUUUAAAUCCUCCUCGCUCCACCC